UUUACAUCACAAUCCCUACCCAUUCUAUCUGUUUGUGUUUUAUAGACCAGUGGGGCGUUUGUCCAGGCAUUUGGCAUAUACGGGAUGUUUAAAUCCGAGUACGGCUUGAUCAUCAACACCUUCAAACCGCACUACGCCUCCAACUGCCUGAUUGUGACGGGGGCCAUCGUCUGCUGUGUGUGCUACCUGGGGAUCCUGGGCGCCCUGAGAGAGAACCGCUGCAUGCUCAUCUCUUUUUAUAUCGUACUGUUCCUUUUGAUGCUGGUGGAGUUGGCUAUGGCCUGCAUCUUUCUGGUGGUUGAGAGAGAGGUGAGACCACCAUUUCAUUACACCACAGAACUUGACAAGUGAUCCCAUGUUUAGAGGAAGUGUGUCAUGGUGUGUUCCUGUGCUUUGACAUGACACUGCCAUGAGAUGGUUGUUUUUUGUUGC